UAGAUCGGCGGUGCGCAACUCCAAGCGAGAGGGCCGCCAGCCCGAUCUGCUGAUAGCAGCCCUGGGGAUGAAGCUGGGUGCGCAGAAGUCGUCAGUGACGAUCUGGCAACCUCUGAAACUCUUUGCUUAUUCACAGCUGACAUCGCUUGUCAGAAGAGCAACGCUGAAAGAAAACGAACAUGUUCCCAAAUACGAGAAGAUUCAUAACUUCAAGGUGCACACGUUCAGGGGCCCGCACUGGUGUGAGUACUGCGCCAACUUUAUGUGGGGCCUCAUUGCUCAGGGAGUCAAGUGUGCAGAUUGUGGUUUAAAUGUGCACAAGCAGUGUUCCAAGAUGGUCCCAAAUGACUGCAAGCCAGACCUGAAGCACGUCAAAAAAGUGUACAGCUGUGACCUUACCACUCUAGUCAAAGCGCACUUCACGAAAAGACCCAUGGUGGUAGACAUGUGCAUUAGGGAGAUUGAAUCCCGAGGUCUUAAUUCUGAAGGACUAUACAGAGUUUCAGGAUUUAGUGAUCUUAUUGAAGACGUCAAAAUGGCAUUUGACAGAGAUGGGGAGAAGGCUGAUAUUUCUGUGAAUAUGUAUGAAGAUAUCAAUAUUAUCACUGGUGCACUUAAACUGUACUUCAGGGAUUUGCCAAUUCCACUCAUCACAUAUGAUGCCUACCCAAAGUUUAUAGAGUCCGCAAAAACCACCGAUCCAGAUGAACAGCUGGAAAUUCUCCACGAGGCGCUGAAACUGCUGCCACCUGCACACUGUGAAACACUGAGGUAUCUCAUGGCACAUUUGAAGAGAGUAACGCUUCAUGAAAAGGAAAAUCUCAUGAGUGCAGAGAACCUGGGUAUCGUGUUUGGACCAACUCUUAUGAGAGCGCCAGAACUGGAUGCGAUGGCUGCACUGAAUGACAUCCGUUAUCAGAGACUUGUGGUGGAGAUGCUUAUAAAAAAUGAAGACAUUUUAUUUUGAAUAUUUUGGGGGUUUUGUAGUUAAAAA